AAAAUAAAAAAAAGGGAAAUUAGGAGUUGGUUGAAGGGUAAUUUCGAGGGGGGUAUGAGCAACCGAAUUAGGCGCCGGAGUGUGGCGUCCCACCACACCAUACACUAUUUCAUAAAAAUCUCUCCGCCUUUCUCUCUCGGAAUUCUCUCUCGGAAUUCUCUCUCAAUCAUCCUAAUUUCGAGAUCCAUCCAUCCAUUGAAUUUCAAUUCAAUUCAAUCCCAUCUCCAUUUUGUUCCAAUCCAAUUCAUUCCCUCUCCAAUUCAUCCAAUCCCACCUCCACCUCCACCUCCAAAUUCCCUCAACAUUCAUGGCGGAUUCGCCACUGAAACCGCCGCUCCAGAGGCCUCCAGGCUACAAGGACCCAAGCGCCUCCGGUAGCUCAGCCUCCAUCCCGGUCUCGAAGCCGCCGGCCGCCAGAAACAAGCCCCGUCUCCCGACCUCGUACAAGCCGAAGAAGAGGAAAAGCAGCUGCUGCAGACUCUGCUGCUGCGUGUUCUGUUUCCUAAUCCUGUUCCUGAUCGUGGUGGUGUCCCUCGCCGGCGCCCUGUUCUACCUGAUCUUCGACCCCAAGCUUCCCCUGUUCCACCUCCUCGCCUUCCGCAUCUCCUCCUUCAAGGUUGCCCCGACCCCCGACGGGUCCUACCUGGACGCCCAGGUGUCCAUCCGCGUGGAGUUCAAGAACCCCAACGACAAGCUGGCGAUCAAGUACGGGAAGAUCGAGUACGACGUGAUGGUGGGGCAGGCGGCGGAGUUCGGGCAGCGGGAGCUGCAGGGGUUCACGCAGGGGAGGCGGAGCACGACGACGGUGAAGGCGGACUCCGGGGUGAAGGGGAAGAUGCUGGGGGUGGAGGACUCGACGAGGCUGGUGUCCAAGUAUCAGAGUAAGGCGAUGGAGGUGAAAGUAGAGGCGAGGACGGCGGUGGGCGUGGUGGCUCAAGGCUGGGCGGUGGGUCCCAUCCCCGUCAAAUUGGAUUGCGAGUCUAAAUUGAAGAAUAUUGAGGCCGGUGAUAUGCCUACAUGCAAUAUCAAUCUGCUUAGAUGGAUCAAUAUACGCGGAUGAGAUUGCAAUUGCACUACACUAUUGCUCGGAAGUCAAUUAUAUUAUAUUAUUUAUUUUUAUUGGGUUGAAUAUUUUAUUGGAACUUUUUUCUUUUUUUCCUUUUUUUUUAAAUCGAAUUAAUUUUUAUUAAAUAUUACUACUUUAGAACGUCAAAUAAUUCUUUGACUAAAUACACAUUUGUUCUAAGUGUGAAAUAUAAUGAAAAAAAA